AUGACUCGCCCCCAGGCAGAUGACGCAAAAGCUGCAGCAAAAAAAGCCGAAAUGAAAGAGAAGGCAUCGGAGAUUCGUCAAGAAGGUGAUCAUGCUUAUGGCACAAAUGUAUCAAGAGGAAUGCCCGAGAAAAAAAUGAUCCAGGAGGAAGAAGACGAAGACGAAGACACUGAUGGCAACUUGGAGUAUGAAUUGUCGAGCGCACACUCUGAAAGUGCUAGUUCCAAGUUUGCCAGUGAUGAUCAAAGCGUUCAAAGUGCCGGUUCAGAAUCAGAAGCUCGCAGAAAGUCUCAUAAAGCGAAAUCACCCAAGAAAAAGGGGAAUAAGACAAAAGACAGGGCGUUAAGGCAGGAAGUGGUGUCUAAUAGAAAGACUGUUGCAAGUGCUGGCACUUUAGCAAGAAAGCGUAAGAACGAGAAUGUUAACAGUGAAAUAGAUGUCGAUGCCAGUGAACGGGUACCGCAAUCUAAGCGUGCGAAGGGCACUCAGUCGGCCAGUAAUUUAAAUCCAGACUGGCGGAAAACAGUUGGACUGCUAGUGAAGGGAUCAGCAAGCAGGAAAUCACUCGACACAGACAAAGUUGAGACAAGCCUUAUUCCAGAGACUAGCAGUGACCUGGUGGUCGGAGAGUUUGAUGUUGAUGAGCCUGAGGAGAUGGUGGCUGCUGCACGAGAGCACAAGAGCACUAAGGUCAAAGACACAAAGACAAGUGGAUCAGUGUCAGCUAUAUAUCGCACAACUGCAGGAAUGGGCCUCAAGAUCAAUAGAAAGGGUGCAGACGAUGCUGUGAAGGAAGAAGUGAGAGCGGUGAAAAUGUUAAAGCCGCAAAAGCCACUCCAGAAGCUCAAGCUCAAAGACCUUCCUUUGCAGGACAAAAGUGACUGUGAUGUUUGGAACCGCUUGGUCUGUGCGGUGAUAGACUGGGCUGGUAGUACCACCACUGACCCUUUUGGCACGAAUGAGCAUCCUGAUUUGUCACCGAAAUUGCAAGAACUUUGGAACAUAUUUUUCCACCAUAAUGCACUGGACAUCAAUGAGCACCCCGCUAUCAAAAAAUUAGCAACCAAUCGUCUGAAUGAAUGGCGCAGCACCUUUGGAAAGGACGCUCUCAAGAUUCUCAAAUGCCAAUUCAAAUGUCCCGAGUUUUGCCACGAUGUUGAUGCCCAUAUCAAAUUUGUUCAUGACUACUUGCCACGCAAAGUCAACAACCAAAAACGUGUGCCCUUCGUUUUUGCAGAUAUUGAGGUUGGGAGUAUCCCUAUGCUAGGCUCGUAUCCACCACUUUUCCGAUGCAUCAGGCAUCCAUCCGACGUCCAUCCGACACCUAUCCAUUCCAUCCGAUACCCAUCCGCUUUUCGGAUGACAUGCGGAUACCUUCGGAUCUCCCCCUAUAGCUCGCGCAUCCGACGCAUCCGUCCUGUCCACGUCCAUUCUACCUCAUUGUAUCGUGCAAUCCUGUAUGAGGAUGUUUCUGAUUGGUUACCUCGUAGCAAUGUUCAUGUUUCUAAAUGGAAUGAGGAACUCCUUUACGUUGGAGGUUUUUUGGCGAGAAUGGUCUAUGACUCUGAGAUGAGCAAAGUAUGCGAUGUGUGGUCGAAGUUGGGCAAGACAGAUGCGGAAGUGCUGGGAUUGUACACGAUGAAGUCCUUCAUGUUUCAUCCUACCACACCUGAUCCGAAGGUGUCCCAUAUGAUCAAGAAUGUGUUCUUUGUUUGUUCGAAAACAGACGAAUUCCUGUUUAUCUCGGAUCAAGGCAUUUGGCCCACGAAAAACAUCUGUCACUCCCAUAAGGACUUUGAUCUCUUCAUGAGAACCCCAGUGGUUCCAGUGGAUCUGCGUCCUUUAUUAAAAUCCACGGAGUUUCCUGGUCAUCUCCGAGUCGGGCCGUACACGCUCACAGACAUUGUGAAAGAAUUGAAAUCUCGGUCGUUGCCUGACGUUAAAAUGGUUGCUUUCUUGUGUUGGUGGAGCACCUCAUUUGGAAGCCUGGAUAUCUCGCAUGAACAGCGGACAAUGUGGUGCAACAAAUUCCUCAGAGUAGGCAGAACACAUUGGCAGGGGAAGGAGAUCAAAUUUAGCUCCAUCAGUAAAUUUAUUGAUGAACCAAUGCUGGCCGUUCGCUGUCAAGAUGACCCUCUCCCAGAAGACACAAUUCCCCCAGCCCUUAUUCAAGGCCUGGAUCUCUCGAAGAUUUCAGACACUUUUGGAUGGAAAAAGAUGACAAUUGCACAUUGGCUUCGACACCUUAUGGAUGGGACACCAGAUCCGGCACACGACAUCACGAAAGCGCCAACAUUUGCGCAACACGUCCUCAGUGUUCUCAGUAACCUUUGGGACACACUCCAAGACAAAGAAAGUCAUUCCGAAGUUCGAGAGAUUUUGAAGGAUGUUGCUUGCAUACCUAUGACUAUCUCGAAUGUACCUUCCAUGAAGCGGCCCCGGGAUACGUACUUCCCUUAUGCCGACAUUUUUCAUGACCUUCCCAUCGUUAAACAAGAACUUCUCGUGGAAUCCCGCACAGUGCGGGUGUUGCAGUAUUCGGGAGUGCAGAAACGGUGCGACAUCGACUCACUCAUAACACAAUUGAACAGUGAUGAUAGAUGGAAUGUCAUGGACCUAGCGAGAUACAUUAGAACAUCUCCCCAGGAAGAUGUGACUCAUGUGAUGGAUAUGAAAUUCUUCCCUUGCAGUAAUGGUGAAAGACAUCAUAUCAAAGAGAUCUUUGCAUCUACAGAGAUCAACCGGGCACUCAGAUUGCCUGUAGUCAAAUGUGACUCCUGGAAUUCAAACAGUGAGGAAGCACUAUUCCUCACUAGACAAGGGCUGCGCGAAUACCCUACAAUAGAGAAACUCAUCACCAUCACAUCAUCCGAAUCCAAUUGUUCUGCUAGACAAGCUGCGUGGUCGUCUCUUUGUGGACCAUCAUAUGAAACAGAGCUUGAAGAGCAUUUCGAUCCGUCAAGGUUCCCUUCGCACGCAUUCAUCCCCGGUGUCAGAGAUGGACAGCCUUGUCAGUUCUUCCACCAUGAGGUAUUUUCGGAUGCAAAUUGGGCAAUUUUUGGCUUUGGCCAUCUGGACGACAAGAGGAUCAUUGCAAAGCUGCAGAUUCAAGAAGGCCCUACCGCUGAAACACUACUUCAAGUUCUUGAAUCGAAGCCGCCAGGUAACCCAGAGAGAGCAAAGAAGUGGUUCAAGUUUCUUGCUGAAAAAGUUUUCUCAACAGAAACAUUUGAAAAGAUUGCAGACCUCAAGAUUGUUCCUAUAGAGGUAUCGUACGAGAAGCCACAAUCCAACGGCGUCUCUUAUGAACAUGUGCCACCCCGCGAGUGCUGUCUGGAGUCAACAUCAUACCCAUCAGGCCACCUCUACCGGCGGUUAUUCAAGUUUGUUGACUUUGGGCUCAGUGCCAAUGCUUUCUUGGAAUAUUGUCGUGUCAAGAAAGACCCUGGAUGCAUUGACAUUGUUGAAGGUCUCCUCAAGUGUCCACAAAAGUUCCGUGAGAUGGCUGGGGACGAGGAGAGCUACUUGGCCGAGCUGCGUCUGAUCGCGAAGGGUCAUAAGUCACUUCCUUCAAACAUCGAGGGGGAACUGCGUGAUGCCCAAAUUUUCUUGGGAUAUUGA